AUGGCGGGCCGGUCCGCGUACAGCUCUGCAGGCGCCUCCUCGUCUCUUGUUCGGCGUUGCAACUCUACAGCCAGGGACGACCUAUGGCCGUCCCCACCGCUGUGGUCACGGUCACGAUCACUGGUUCCGCCGCUGCUUCUCUUCUUGCCGCUGCCGCUGCCGCUGCCUUCUGCUGCUAUCACCUCCGCUGCAGCCACCCCCUAUGUAGGUGCCGCAGCCGCCCGCUGCAAUCACAGUCAACACCAGAGCCGCUUCCGCCACAGCCGCCGCCGCCGCCAGGAGGCAUCAAGUGCCAAGGGUCAUUUCAAGAGCUUUAGUGCAAAACUCAUGGAGUCUCCUUUUUGCUCCGUUCAGCCUCAUAGCUCUUGUAGAACUGACCCAGGAGAAUAUUUGCAUGUGUCCAAUGAAUGUAAAGAAAACAUGUACCAGAGGUCAGAACUCAUUAGAGGUCAGAUCCUUCAAAGUGCAGAGAAUCCGUAUGAAUGCAAUGAGCACAGAAAAGCCUUUCACCAGCAAUUAUCACUAACUUGGCAACAGAGACUCCACACAAGGACAAAAUCUUAUGAAUGUAAUGAGUGUGGAAAAGAGUUUCCUGGUAAAUCAAGCCUAAUCAUACAUGAAAGGGUCCAUACAGGGCAGAAAACUAAUGAUAGCAGGGAGUUUGGAAUAGGUUUUUCUCGUAAGUCAAACAUGAAUGCACAUCACAGAAUGCACACUGGGGAAAAAGCUUAUGAAUGUAGUGAGUGUGGGAAAUGCUUUUCCUAUAAGCCAAACCUCAUUAGACAUCAGAGAAUCCACACUGGGGAAAAACCUUAUGAAUGUAGUGAGUGUAGAAAAGCUUUUAUUCGUAAGUCAAACCUCGUUAUCCAUCACAGAAUCCACACUGGGGUAAAACCUUAUGAAUGUAGUGAAUGUGGAAAAGCUUUUUCUCUUAAGUCAAACCUCAAUACUCAUCAGAGAAUCCACACUGGGGAAAAACCUUAUGAAUGUAGUGAGUGUGGAAAAGGCUUUCCUUAUAAGGCACAGCUCUUUAGACAUCAGAGAAUCCACACAGGUGAGAAACCUUAUCAAUGUAGUGAGUGUGGAAAAGGCUUUUCUGAUAAGCCACAGCUCUUCAGACAUCAGAAAAUCCACACUGGGGAAAAACCUUAUGAAUGUAGUGAGUGUGGAAAAGCAUUUUCUCGCAAGUCAAAUCUGAUGGUGCAUCAGAGAAUCCACACUGGGGAAAAACCUUAUGAAUGUAGUGAGUGUGGAAAAGCUUUUUCUCAGAAGUCAAGCAUCAUCAUACAUCAGAGAAUCCACACUGGGGAAAAACCUUAUGAAUGUAGUGAGUGUGGGAAAGGCUUUUCUGAUAAGCCACAGCUCUUUAGACAUCAUAGAAUCCACACAGGGGAAAAACCUUAUGAAUGUAGUGAGUGUGGAAAAGCUUUUUCUCAGAAGUCAAGCAUCAUCAUACAUCAGAGAAUCCACACAGGGGAAAAACCUUAUGAAUGUAAUGAGUGUGGAAAAGGCUUUUCUAAUAAGCCACAGCUCUUUAGACAUCAGAGAAUCCACACGGGUGAAAAACCUUAUGAAUGUAGUGAGUGUGGAAAAGCUUUUUCUCAGAAGUCAAGCAUGAUCAUACAUCAGAGAAUCCACACAGGGGAAAAACCUUAUGAAUGUAGUGAGUGUGGAAAAGGCUUUUCUGAUAAGCCACAGCUCUUUAGACAUCAGAGAAUCCACACAGGUGAGAAACCUUAUGAAUGUAGUGAGUGUGGAAAAGGCUUUUCUGAUAAGCCACAGCUCUUUAGACAUCAGAAAAUCCACAGUGGAGAAAAACCUUAUGAAUGUAGUGAGUGUGGAAAAGCUUUUUCUCGUAAGUCAAAUCUGAUGGUGCAUCAGAGAAUCCACACAGGGGAAAAACCUUAUGAAUGUAGUGAGUGUGGAAAAGCUUUUUCUCAGAAGUCACACCUAAUCAUACAUCAGAGGUUCCACACAGGGGAGAAACCUUAA